CUUGCAUUGCAAGCUUCCGGCUUUAUGUGAAGAUGGCGAUCGCUAAGUUAGUUCUGUUAAUUGGUGCUUUUCUGGGCCCAGUAUCUUGUUUGUAUUUCCAUAUAGGGGAAACCGAGAAGAAAUGCUUCAUAGAAGAAAUCCCAGACGAGACAAUGGUUAUUGGAAAUUAUCGCACACAACUGUAUGACAAACAGAGGGAGGAGUAUUUACCAGCAACUCCUGGGCUUGGCAUGUUUGUUGAGGUGAAUGAUCCAGAUAAUAAGGUCAUCUUGUCUCGACAGUAUGGCUCAGAAGGUCGUUUUACAUUUACUUCCCAUACUCCUGGAGAACAUCAGAUAUGCUUGCACUCGAACUCCACCAAGUUUUCUCUCUUUGCUGGGGGAAUGCUGAGAGUUCACCUUGAUAUCCAGGUUGGAGAGCACGCCAAUGAUUAUGCAGAGAUUGCUGCCAAGGACAAAUUAAGCGAACUACAAAUACGUGUGCGCCAACUAAUAGAACAAGUGGAGCAGAUUCAAAAGGAGCAGAAUUACCAAAGAUGGCGUGAGGAGAGAUUCCGACAGACCAGUGAAAGUACCAAUCAGCGUGUCCUAUGGUGGUCCAUUGUCCAAACUUUGAUCCUGGUCGCAAUUGGAGUCUGGCAGAUGAGGCAUCUGAAGAGUUUCUUUGAAGCAAAAAAACUUGUCUAAUAUUUACGGAAAAGUCUGUAACGUGCCUAAGUUGCUGGGCCCAUCUUCAGCUCUGUCUUCCACGAUUAAGCGGAUGUACAGGAUAGGAUUACUUGGUAACUUCAGUUGGUGGGACCAGAAAACUCUGCUUGAAUGUCAAGUUUCAAAGUUUUGCCACAACAGCCAGCAAAGGAUUGACCUUUCUAUUGAUCUCUCCUUAAGAACUCACCCAGUUAGUCCCACGUAACUUGGCUCUCCAAAGAACAGGAUAUUAUUUUAAACCUACACAAAAGAUUGCUGAAGCUUUUGGUUCUUUAUCAUACAUUUUCCAAUCGGCAGAACACAUGCAGUACUUUGCCAUGUUGUAUUUUUUUUUUUUUUUUUAAUUGGUGAUAAGGUCUUUGUGUUAAUUUUAGAAGCUUUUUAUUUAACAGAUUAUAGGGGAGACGGUUUAUUGAUUUUUUUUUUUGUCUUUUGAGAUGCGAGGGAUAUAAGAAAAUCCCUUGCUAACUGAUGUAUCUUGCACUGUUAUGGCAGUAGUAGGUUAAACGGAACAGGAUUGAUAUUGAGUAAGUGGUGAUGAUAUUAUCUAGUCACUAAAAUUAUGUUUUAAAGAGGCAAAGGGAAAAUGGUCUGCAUCUUGUCAGGUGUUUUUUUUAUAUAUAUAUAUAUAUAUAUAUAUAUAUAUAUAUAUAUAUAUAUAUAUUAUUUGUCUGUGAUCUUCUAUUCACAAUUCAGUGUGAAUUGAAGAUCGUAAUGCAGUUUUAAACUAGUGUUUUUUUGUAAAAUUAUUUUUGUUUCAAUGGAGAAUACUAGGUUUUACUAUCUUGAUUUGACUCUGUCUUCCAAAUAGUUUGAAACUUAGCUAUACUGUUGUUGGUUUUUUUUGUCUAUGGGGAAAAAACACAAGAUUUUGGAACAGAUGCCUUGGUGCAGCCAAAAAGUAAAUGGACCUGAAAGGUGCUUAUAUUAAUGGAAAUAUUUGGCCCCAGCAUAAUAUAACAAUUCAGAAAAACAUGCAUUUGAAUAAUUGCUUCCUUCUGCAUGUAUUUAACUUCAUUAUUAAUGAGUUCAUUAUGCGCACUCCCGGAAUUGAUCUUAGAGCAUACAAAGACUGUUUUUUACUAUAUACACCGUGCAUAGGCUCGAGACAGUCAAGUGUGCUAAAUGGUCCAGAUACACAUAAAUAUAUGUAAAAAAAGGGGAUUUUAUAAGUAUGUAGCAAUUGUUAUAAUUAUGAUGCAUUGACCCAAUAGAAUCCUUUAAACUGACACUUGUGUGUCUUCUGAAAAGUAUUCACAUUGACUUUUCCAAACGUUCUUCUUUCUUUCUGAAGAUAUGAGCUAAAUAUCGGUUUGUUUGUUUUUCCUCACUCAUUGGCUGCUCAAUUUUCUGCCACAUUGAGAUUUGGCAUAUGUCUCGGGUAUGAUUGCACUUGCCGAGUACCUAUACCACCUGAAUUAGUUUUCUACAAGAGCUGUAACAUGGGAUCCUUUCUUUGUUUAGGGUUUUGAGCCACUGGGAUCCCAGGGUACACGGAUCCUGUUCAGUUACUGAUCAGAAUGUUUUUUUAAAAAUGUUUGGCUUUAAAUAAAAAAAGAAAUCGGUUUACACUG